UCCGCCUGCCUGAGUCACGGCUGGAGCUGGGGAGGAGCCGGGAAGGGAGGCCCCGGCCCAGAGCGCAGCCGGCGGCCGCGGGGACAGCAAGCAGGGCAGGGCGGUCGGGGCUCAUGGGGGAGAGCGCUCUGCAGCCGGGGCCUGGGCCUGGGCCCGCCGCGCCGGCGGGGGGCCCGGUGCACGCCGUGACGGUGGUGACGCUGCUGGAGAAGCUGGCCACCAUGCUGGAGGCCCUGCGCGAGCGGCAGGGGGGCCUGGCCCGGAGGCAGGGCGGCCUGGCGGGCUCGGUGCGCCGCAUCCAGAGCGGCCUGGGCGCGCUGAGCCGCAGCCACGACACGACGAGCGACGCGCUGGCGCAGCUGCUGGCCAAGGCGGAGCGCGUGGGCUCGCACGCGGAUGCCGCCCAGGAGCGCGCCGUGCGCCGCGCCGCCCAGGUGCAGCGGCUGGAGGCCAACCACGGGCUGCUGGUGGCGCGCGGGAAGCUCCACGUUCUGCUCUUCAAGGACGAGGCUGAAAUCCCAGCCAGCGCCUUCCACAAGGGGCCCGAGCCCUUGGGCGCGGCAGACCAGUCGGAGCCCGCCCCAGAGCAGCCGGAGGCCGCAGCCGGGGAGAGCUCGGACGAGGAGCCGGUGGAGUCCCGGGCCCGGCGGCUGCGGCGCACCGGGUUGCAGAAGGUACAGAGCCUGCGAAGGGCCUUGUCCGGCCGCAGAGGCCCGGCAGCGCCGACACCCACGCCGGUCAAGCCGCCCCGCCUUGGGCCCGGCCGGAGCGCUGACGGCCAGCCCGCGGAGGCCGGGCCUGCGCUGGAGCCCAAGCCGGAGUCAGAACCCCCACAGGACACCAAGGAAGAUCCUGGGAGACCUGGGGCUGCCGAAGAAGCCGCAGUGCUUCAAAUAGAGAGUGCAGCCUGAUGGCUGGUGCUGGCCGCCUCUCCUGUGCCUAUCUAUGCCUAACCCCAAAAGAAAUCUCCCUCUCAGAAUGCAGCAUUCACGCCCAAAUAAGGAGUGAAUCCUGCAUCCACAGCCCACCUCUGGCCUGCCUCUCCCAGUUCCUUCAGGCUGGCCUGUGUCCUCUGAAAGAGGAGCACCACUCACACCUGCUUGCAGUCACCGUCAAUAAAAGUAAUGUCACCUAA